AUGAUGUGGUCUAUGUUGUUAUUUAUGCCGUCGAUAUGGGUUUUGGUUCGUUCUCAAUUGAAUUUGUAUCACACGGCACACUCUCAUUAUAUAGGUAGCUUAGACCACGAUUGUUUAUAUUAUUAUGAUAUUACAUGGGGCGUCACAGAAAAAAUUCCGUAUUGUAUUCGUCCGACUGACAUCAAUAGUGCACGAAGAAAUGCUGUUCCAAACAUUUAUGAUCAAAAGUUCACUUUUGAACAGUUGUAUCAUUUAAAUGUUACUGCACAACAGCUUCUUUCAUGGUCCGCUUCCAUUAAUCUCGCUGAACAAUAUCAUCACUAUAUUAAUCAAGUUGACGCUUCAUUUUUAUCGAAUGAAACCUUUUUGAAUUGUACUCAAUCGUGGUUUGGAUCUGAUUGUCAAUAUUCCUUCGAAUUGAAUGAGGUAAUAUCUUUCCAUGACAUUCUACAGAUGAUUUUUGAAGCCAAAUGGAAAUACAUAAAUUUAUCGUAUACGGCUACAAAUCUUACGUGUUAUAUGCACUUGAAAUGUGACCGCGGCGGUUCUUCGUUGUGUCUUGAUUGGCGUGAGAUAUGCAAUGGCCGAAUCGAUUGUCUUGAUGGAGGAGCUGAUGAGAUAGAAUGUUUAGAAUUAGAAGUGAAUGAAUGUCACGAAGACGAAUAUAGAUGCCACAACGGACAAUGUAUUCCAAAAGAAUCUUCGGAACUUGAAGACAUUGUUUCAGAUUGUCUCGAUAAUUCAGACAUACACGAGGAGGAAAGGUGUUAUGGUUUAAUAUUAAUAUCUCGAUUUGAAUGUGAAGAACAUUUGUGUCGACCAGAUGAUGGGCAAUUUCCAUGUGGUGAUGGGCAAUGUGUAGAGGAUUUUGAAGAAUGUCGCAAUGGACGGCAUAUCUUACUAAUAGAAACAAUCAGUGCUCAAGGAACUUUGCCGGACUAUUGUUGGAUGACUAUGGUAUGUCUGACUAAAAUUAGUGAUCAAGUUGCUGGAAUUUCUUGUAAGGAAUAUUUCGCAUCAUCGUAUUCUAGCGCUCAUCGUUUCACGUGUGAAUCACUCAUUCAAUUUCCUAUAAUUCCUGUUCUUCAAAGCCACAUCCACUUUCUAUAUCGUCCGAAAGAUAUCUAUAAUGUAAACAUCGAAUCAGUUCUUACACCUGAUUAUAUUUGCUAUGAUUAUCAUUUAUGUAAAUUUCUUCAAACGACAUUCCGCAAUAGAAACCAUACUUGUCGACAUGCUCAUGAAAUGGGUUUCAGGCCAAAUAUAACAUUUGACAGUUGGAAAUCUAUGAUUGAUUUUAUUACACCACAUUUCCGUGGUUGCUUGACAAGAUAUAAAAUGGAAAAUGAUUCCGAACCAAUUUCACUGUACCGUUGCAAAAAUUCAUCCAAAUACAUUUCGAAACAUCGCAUUAUUGAUGGCAUUUCAGAUUGUUAUUUAAAUGACGACGAACAAGAAUACGCACUAAGUUGCUCUAUUCAAAAUAAGUUUCGUUUUCAAUGUUUCAAUGAAACCAUGUGUCGUUCGCCUUUGAUCUCGAAGAAUGUAUGUCCUUUCAGGAAAAGAACUGAUCUAGAGGAAAUCACUUUCCAAGAAAUAUGUGACCGAAAUGAACAAUUAUCGCCUGUAAUAAUUGAUUCACGUAUUCAUACCGACGAGACAGACUGUCAGCAUUGGCAAUGCAACAAUAUUUAUACGAGAUGUGACAAAUUCUGGAGUUGCUCUGAUGGAAUCGAUGAAGAGAACUGUACUCGACCGAUUUGCUCUCAUAGUAACCUUCCGUGUGUCUCUCCAUUCAAUUAUACGUUAGGAUGUUUAUCGGCGGAUAGAGUUCAUGAUGGAAUCGUAGACUGUCUUGGUGCUGCAGAUGAGCUUCAAUAUUGUCGAACACAAAGCCAUGCAUUCGGCAUCUAUCACGGAUUUCGUUGUUUGAACGAUACAAAAUGUGUGGGAUCUGCUUAUUUGUGCGAUUCCUAUACACAUUGUCUACACAAUGAUGAUGAAGCGUUUUGCGGAGAACGUCGUCGAAUAUGUGACAAAAAUAUGAUUCUUAACCGUACGAAUCUCGAGCAUGCUCUUUGUGCCUUUAGUGAUCUAAAACAGACGAGUGUUUUUUCGUUUGAAACUUUGUCUAGUUAUCCUUCUUCUAGCAAGGCAAUGAUAAAUCGCGUUGCUAAAUUGUUACCUGAGCAACCAGACACCAUAAAUAAUACCAAAUAUAAGAUCAUCAAUUCUUCUCUAGCAUGGUUUUGCAAUCAUGGUAUCUAUGUGCGUUUUCGACUCAAUGGUCAAUAUAGUAACGUUACUUAUAGAUGUUUUUGUCCACCGCAUUUCUAUGGCGAUCGAUGUCAAUAUCAGAAUCAAAGAGUUAGUCUCACCUUGAAAUUGAUGGCAUUUGAUCGACGUGAGAUUUAUAUAAUUUUUAUCUUCUUGAUCGAUGAUGAUGGUGAUCGACAAGAAAUAAAUUCAUAUGAUCAAUCUACUUAUGUCUCUGAUAUUACUUGCCAAGCAUUUUGGAAUAUCUAUCUAUUGUAUUCGAUGCGACCAAAGAACAAUUCAAAGAAAUAUAGUGUUCAUAUCGACGCAUUUGCUAAGAGUUCAUUGACUUAUUUGGCAAGUUGGUACUUCAAAAUCCCUUUUAUUUUUCUACCUGUCAAUCGACUAGUCGCCGCUUUAUCUGUGCCAAUUCAUCAAAGCUUUAGCUAUCAUAAUUGUCCUCUGUCAUGUCAUAAUGGGGAAUGUAUGAAAUAUGUCAACAACAACAAGCUGUUUUGUCGAUGUUAUAGAGGGUGGUCAGGUGCUCAUUGUAACAUUUCUAUUUCCUGUGAUGACUGUUCAGUUGAUUCUGUGUGCAUUGGUUCAAUUCAGAAUCGAUCCAUAUGUGUUUGUCCUCUUAACAAAUUUGGUUUACGAUGUCUCCUUACAUAUUCUUGUCCAGCAAACUUCUGUAAAAACGAAGGAAAAUGUAUAGUCAUUGAUGAAAGAAUGAUAGAACAAAGUUACCGUUGCAUUUGUUCAGAACAAUUUACUGGAGAUACGUGCGAGGAAUUAAAAAAUAAGAUAAUGAUUUCCUUUCAUCAUAUGGCGAUACCAUCACACAUUGUGACUCAUAUCUUAAAUUUUUACGAUCAAUUUCUACCACCAAUGGAAAUAAUGAUACCAAAAAAACUGACUAUGUUUGAGCGUACUGUAACACUAUAUUCUCUGUUGCCAUUUCAAAUAGUUUUUGUCAAGAUCGAUGACCGUUAUUAUUUAGCUGUUCUGCAACAAUCGGAACAGUCAAACAUCUCAACCUCAAUUGAUUCAUCUCAAAGAUGUUCCUCAAUCAACGAAGUCCUUGAUCCUACAUCAAUAACACUCCCACAAAUUCAAAGAGUUAAAUACUACCAAUUACCAUGUCGAACUUAUUCUGAUCUCAAAUGUUUUUUUGAUGAAUCCUACAUGUGUUUAUGUACUGCUGAACGCCAUGCCAAUUGUUUUAAAUUUAAUCAUAAUUUGAAUCUAACAUGCCAACAUAAUAUUCACUGUCAAAAUGGUGGUAAAUGCUUGCAAGACAAUCCUGCAUGUCCAUCAUAUACCAUAUGUGUUUGUAAGGAUUGUUUUUUUGGUGACCGUUGCCAAUUUUACGCCAAAGGAAUUGGAUUGACACUCGAUGAUAUAUUACGUUUCGAAUUAAUAUCACACUUAGCAUACAGUCAUCAACCACUAUCAGUAAAAAUAAGUUCAAUAUCCACGAUCAUAAUAUUCAUUGCUGGUUUUAUUAAUAGCAUUCUCGUGUUUCUUGUGUUUCAUAGCAAAGGCUCUCGAGAAGUCGGCUGUGGACUCUAUCUUCUAGUAUCAUCGGGCACGUCAUUUUUCACAGUGAGCAUAAUCACAGUCAAGUUCUGGUUUCUUGUUUUCACUCAAGUCAACCUGCCUGUAAAUCGAGGGAUCCUUCGAGGAGGUUGUAAAUUUCUAGAGCCUAUUCUCAAAGUUUUUUUGUACAUGGAUAGCUGGCUUCAUGCAUGUGUCGCGAUUGAGCGAGCAAUAACCGUAUUUCAAGGUGUAAAUUUCAAUAAGACAGCGAGUAAACAUGUUGCUCGAUGGGUGAUUAGUUUCUUACCUAUUUUUAUUGUUGCUACUAUUCUUCACGAAAUUUUAUAUCGUGAUUUGUUCGAUGAUAACGAAGAGCAGCGUGCUUGGUGUGUCGUUUAUUAUUCUCACUCUGUACGAAACUAUAAUACAGUCAUCUCAUUUUUUCAUUUUCUCGGUCCUUGCUGCGUCAAUAUUUUGUCGGCUGUAUUUAUUGUAUUAUCAGCUACUCAUCGUCAACAAGUGGUUAAAACUCAUAAAAGCUAUAUAAAACAUCUCCGUGAACAGUUUCAUGAACAUAAGCAAUUAAUCGUCAGUCCGAUGAUUUUGUUCAUUUUAUCUCUGCCUCGUCUGAUCAUUUCAUUAAUAUCUGAUUGUGUGAAAAAAUCUCAUUAUCCAUGGUUAUAUCUAUCGGGCUAUUUUUUGUCCUUCGUUCCAUCAAUAGCCACCUUUCUUGUAUUUGUUAUACCAUCGAAUUUGUAUAAACGGCGACUCAAAAAGUCGCUAGAACAUUUUCAACAACGAAUUAAUCAAUAUCGAAAUUUUCUUUCUACUUAA